AUGGCUCCGGGUGGCACGGCAGGGGAACAUCUCAGCGCUAAGCCUCCAAAUAACAACUCCACCAGCGCAGAGUCGGUUAACACAUAUGUCUCGAGCGAUGCUUCUGUGCAUGAAACCACGACCGAACCUCGAGUUGAAGUUGUCGAGGAAAGGCGUGAGGUGAUCCCCUCGAAUGCAGUCCCUUCCACUCCUCCAAGUUUCGGCUACCUGUUCCCUUCAUCCAGAAGGCUCAUGGUCAGACAUGACGAUACCACCCUGGAUGGAAAUAUGAACCUGCGGGUCACCACCCUGGCAGCGGAGUCCCCGGGGCGCCAGGAUGAAACGAUACUGUUCCACCUGCGCAUGUACGAUCUCCAUGAUAAGAAAUUCUCACUCCGUCGAUACUGUCGGGAUUCAAGAAGGGAAGUCUGUCAUUCCCUGAGAAAACCACAGGUGCCCAAAUCGAGACCGGGGUCGUCUGGCCACAAACACAUAAGCAAUCCAAUUUCAGGGUUCCUUUCUCAUGCAGGUGCGGGCACGAGACCUUCAAAGGGUCUGAGAAGACCAGACUCGGGAUAUAAGUCUGGAUUGGAUGACGACGAGCCCAUUGGCAGUGGGAAGUAUGCGGGGUCGGCAUAUACUCCUAACCGGCCCCCUUCUGCCAAUGUCAUCCAGUUGGAGUUUUCCAAUUAUGCACAUGUAGAGCUCAAGAGACGCGGGUCUGUCGGUUCCCGAAGGUAUGAGUUCGAGUACUGGGAUGCAAAAUACCAAUGGAAAAAGGUGACUCGCAAUGACGGUCCAUCCAAAGAGGUCUCAUAUCACCUCUACCACCAGGCAACAUCCAACCCUGUCGCACAUAUCAUUCCUGAGCCGCUGACCCCUAGAGAGCUCUCCAUCGAGGCAAGGAAAGGCGCAUGGGUUCCGUCGUCAUCGAUGUGGAUUAACGACCCAACCCUUUACGAAAAGAUGAAAGAUGUUGCUGAGUGA